CAUUCCAUGUAUUUGUGAAACCAAACAUCUUACAUUACUAAACAAACAAACCACCGCACCGCACCGCACGUUAACCAAACAAACCAAACCACCUUUCUCGUAACUCUCAAAAUUCUUGAACCAUAAACAAACACACACUCUCACACUCUCAUUAUUCACCAUCAUUACUACAACAUGUCCCACUUUGACUCUUCCUCACAAGACGAUAUCUCCCUUUUUCUCCAUCAAAUUCUCCUCCGUUCUUCUUCUUCUUCAUCUUCCUCUUCUCAUCUCAUGCCUGGAUCCAUCCUCUCAAACCCACUUCACCAUGCAAACAUCUCACCCCUUCAUCCCACCACCAGACCAAACCCCUCCGGAGGUGGAGGACUCAGUGGUAAUGACACUGAUGAAUAUGACUGUGAAAGUGAGGAGGGUGUUGAAGUAUUGACAGAAGAAGCUCCAACAAAAUCUGUACCUUCUAGGGGUUCUUCAAAGAGAAGUAGAGCAGCAGAAGUUCAUAAUUUGUCUGAGAAGAGAAGGAGGAGUAGGAUCAAUGAGAAAAUGAAGGCUUUACAAAAUCUAAUACCUAAUUCUAACAAGACUGAUAAGGCUUCAAUGCUGGAUGAAGCUAUUGAAUACCUUAAACAGCUUCAGCUUCAAGUACAGAUGCUUUCGUUGAAAAAUGGAUUAAGUUUGCAUCCUAUGUGCUAUCCCGAAGGAUUGCAGCCUCUGUCAUUGUCUCGGUUGAGUAUGGAAUUGAGUGACGGAAACCGGUCUAACCCUUUAAACAUGACAUCUACUCUGCCUCAUCCCCAAGACAACAACCCUUUGCUCUAUGGAUCCAAUCUUCCUAACAAAAACACAUUGACAAGUCAGCCAUCAAUGUCCUCCUAUCCUUCGUAUGUUAACAACGCAGAAACUUCUUUCGCGGUGGAAUCACGAAUUCCGUCGCAUAAAAGACCUCUUCAGCAAACUUCUGAGGCGGUACACGGUGAAGACAUGUUGCAGAACCAGAACCAGCAGACAAACACAAUCUAUUCUGCUACCAAUCUAUUAGGUGGUUCUCAAGGUGUUGAAGAAUUCGAGUCAGGCACGAUGGUUGCACCUUCUAUUAACAACUCUUUGCAAACAUGCAUAGCUGGAAGAGAUCAGUCAGGUGUGAUCAUGAGAAGUAACGAGCCAAAUGCUAUAUUCACAUCGCAACUAAGUAACUAAAUGGUAUAAGUAAUUAGAAGAUGGAAAAAAAUAAUCAGAUUUUUGAAGUUUGGAAUGCUUCCAAAACUUUAUUAAUUUUACUUUCUCAUAGAAAUAGUAUCACUUAAGCAUUUUGUGGUGUUGGUAAAUGCUAACAAGCUUCUGGCUUAUCUGACUUGGGAGAUCAAUUUAUACUCAGCUUCUCAAGUUGAUGAGUUAUCUGUUUGUUUGCAGACAUGAUUAACCGAUAAUUGUUGUGUUAGGUAUAUAAGGACUGUACUAAAACCUUCUUUGAUGAUUUCAGCGUAAGAUGAUGUUUAUUGCUUA